GCUCAUUGAUCAGGCUGUUUACCCCACAACCCACAUCGUAGGUUGGAGUUGAAGGGAUUAUUCUUUUUAUGCAGUGUGCGUUGACAAUAAUUUGCUCCGGCUAAUGAUGUGUCGUAAAAAAAACAAUUAGAAAAUUAAAAGAAAAGAGAAAAAGUUGGAAAGUUGAUGAGUGGCAGCGCUAGUGCAGGGCACAUGAGGGAAUGGGAAUAUUAGGAAAGUUUGGAAAUUAGGGGGUUAAGAAGGUAUGAACAAAAUAGAAGGUGUGGAACAUAAGAUGACAAAAAGACAAAACAUACCUGAGUUCACGGGUUUGGUUUGUUCAUCAUCUAAAAGGGUAAAAAGUAGAAACAUAAAAAAAUAAUAAUAAAAGUUGAGAAAAAGUUCACGGGUUCCCAUUUGCAUUGAUUUCAUCUUCCCCACCUUGCCCAACAACUGCUUCACUUCAUCGAUCCAAUCUCCAACUCCUCCAUUUUGGAAAGCUUCAUCAUCAUGUCUCGUGGUUGUAGUUAUUGGAUCCAGAGGCUGUUAAUGGUGGCCUGGUUGUUGAGUUGGAAGAAGUGGCUAUCCGCCAUAGAUAUUGGGGCGGCGGCGGCAGCACCAAACGUCAAACCGCAAGGCAACAUCUCCAAAGUAGAAGACGCUCAAAACUACCAUAUUUACUAUGGUCAGACUUUCAAAGUCAUUAAGAAUGGCAUUGAUGGCAAGAGUUAUCUUCUCAUCCAGAGUGAUACAAGGAUGGCUGGAAGGACAAAAUAUUGCACACCAAGGAUUAAGUCAUUUGUCAUCCCACUCUCUAACUUUUCAGUCGAUACCACCACCAGUUUUCCAGGUAUUGCCGCCUUAGGAAUGCAGCUAUUGGGAGUAGUGGGAAGCAUGAAAGGGAUGACAUCAAACACGGUGGCCUCUGAAUGUGUACUGAAAAUGGUUGAAGGAGGAGAAAUAAGUUUGAUCAACGCAAGUGAGCCUCAACAGCUCGCACCAUUUGCCGCACAUUUUGUUUCUAACCUUGAUCUAUAUCAAGCUUGCAAUUUCGCUAACUUUGCCGCUACUGGAGAGGACUCUCCUUUACAGAGAGCAGAAUGGAUCAAGUUCUUGGGGGCUUUUGCAAAUUUGGAGAAGAGAGCAAAUCAAGUCUACAAAGCGGUAAAGGACAACUAUUUAUGCUUAACUAAAGUUCCAGAGGCCAAGGAAAAAGCAUUCAAACCAAUAGUGGCAUGGAUGGAAUACCAGAAUGGCAUAUGGUCUUUCACAAAGGAAUUAUACAAGUUAAAGUAUGUAGAAGAUGCAGGAGGAGAAAAUGUGGACGCCUCCAUUAACAAGAUUACAUACAAUAUCUCCAACCCUGAUGAUAUUGAAGAUUUGCAUGCUAUUCUAUGUACAGUGGAUGUUGUAAUAGAUGAAACAUACAGUUGGGAUGCAAUUGGAUACAAUACCACUACCUUCCUCCAAAACAUAAACAUUGAAGAUCAUUCAUGUUUUGGAUUUCUUACUAACCAAAGCAUCUGGAGAUACGAUAAGAGAAUCUAUAAAUUAACAACUCUUGAUUGGUUUGAUGGUGCUGUCUCUCAACCCCAACUGGUAUUAGCUGAUCUUAUUGAGAUUUUGUUCCCUACUGGAAACUAUAACACCACUCACUUCAGAAAUCUUGCCAAGGGUGAAGGUGUUGUAAGCAUUGAGCCCAACAUGUGCCAAAGGGAUAUGUCUACACCAUUGGAUCCCACAAUUCUACCUUGCCCGUGAUUUCUUUGUUUUAUAAUCAAUUUUGGUCUCUCUUUUUAAUGGUUCUGCUAAUAUAUUUGAUCUGUUGGGACCUCAAUACCAAAGGCUUAGAUUUAAAUAAAUUAGUGUUUGAAUUAUGACCAGAAAAACAAACAUGAGUUUAGCUAUGAAUUUCAUCACUGUUUGGUAUUUUCUUUACAUUAAUUUUUGGUUGCCCAGUUAUUUUAAGUUUAUGGUAGACUUCUUUUCCAGACACUUAUUAAGAGAAUAAUUAGAUAUCAUCCAAAUUUACAACAGUUUUUUUUUGUAAUCAUUAUAAAUACCUUGAUAAUGAUAACUCGUUGAUUGUAAUUACAGAAAA